AUGUCCAACCCCCGUGUUUUCUUCGACGUCAGCAUUGGCGGCCAGCCCGCUGGCAGGAUCGUCAUGGAGCUCUUUGCGGACCAGGUCCCCAAGACUGCUGAGAACUUCCGCGCCCUCUGCACCGGUGAGAAGGGUACCGGCAAGUCUGGAAAGCCCCUCCACUACCAGGGCUCCGUCUUCCACCGCGUCAUCCCCCAGUUCAUGCUUCAGGGUGGUGACUUCACCCGCGGCAACGGCACCGGUGGUGAGAGCAUCUACGGCGACAAGUUUGAGGACGAGAACUUCAAGCUAAGCCACACUGGACCCGGUAUCCUCUCCAUGGCCAACGCUGGACCUGGUACCAACGGCAGCCAGUUCUUCAUCUGCACUGUCAAGACCUCAUGGUUGGACGGCAAGCACGUCGUCUUCGGCAAGGUUGUCGAGGGCCUUGACGUUGUUCAGGCUGUUGAGAAGGUUGGCUCUCAAACUGGCAAGACCAGCAAGGAGGUCAAGAUUGAGAAGUCUGGCCAGCUGUAA